CGGCCCGGGAGCAGGAGGAGGGACAGUUGCUGGGACCAGUGGUUGCCCGGCAACGGCCCAGGUCUUCUCCAUCAGCAUCGGGCUGCGGGUGCAAACUACAAAAACCCUGAGCGAGGAGAAUUCGUUUCGGGAUCUGCCUACAUGCGUUUGGAAGUUAAGCAUGUGUGUGUCAAAUGCUGUUGCAAGUGCCAGCAUUACACCUUACGCUCUCUGGCAGUUCAGGAAGAUGAUAAAGUGUGUGCUUCCUGACAGUUCUCCCAUCCUGGACUUCAAUAAUUAUGGGUGUAACUGUGGCUUUGGCGGUACUGGAACAUGUGUUGACGAGUUGGACAGGCGUUGCCUGAAUCAUGACAGAUGCUAUGCGAAUGCAAAAGCUGAUCACUGCAGUUCUCCGGCAGACAGCCCUUACAUUGAAAGUUAUCACUACUCUUGCUCUGGGAAUCAGAUCUCCUGCAGCAGCAUGAACGAUCCCUGUAAGGCUGCUAUUUGUAACUGUGACCGCACAGCAGCCAUCUGCUUCUCCAAGGCCCUUUAUAACCCUCAGCAUAAAGAUCUGGAGAAGAAUAAGUACUGCUGACAGCUGGGCAGAGAUAAGAAUCGAACAAAAAUUAAUAAAACUUUUCUUGCUGUUUCUUUGUGCAUUGAAUCUUGAAUUCAAGAAUACUGAAACAACGUAGGAAUGUAGCUACGAUAGGAAUUGGAAUUACAUAUUGGAAACAGCACAUUUUCUGUUUGUUUAAUUUGUAUGUUAUCUCUGCAAAAGUAAUGCAACCAAUCCCACUCUCUUUCUUUCUCUGAGCUCUACAAUUUUUAUUCUUGUUUAUAGCAGUUGUAAUAUACCUGUAGAUGACCUAUCUGCAAGACAAAUGUAUCUAUUUACAUUAUCUGUCAAAUUCACAGUGUCCUAAAUCAAAGGCAGAGAUGACAACCCACUGGCAUUCAGUGAAUUUAUAGCACAAAACUUUAUUGGAGUCAAAUUUAAUAUUAAAAUCAUUCUCCAGCACUCUGUCUUCCAUGUGUAAUUUUUCACACAUCUCAGCUGAGACAUUUUCUGAUUGGAAAAGAUGGCACUGGAAGGGAGUGACUUUUCUGUGUAGCUCCUGAGGGAAUUACCAAACACUCUUGUCUACAGUAAGUAACAUUGUUUAAAGUUAUUUCAUAGAACUAGUGACCUUCAGAACUGAUAGUCUGGGGACUCCAGACCAGCCAGGGAAUGAGUGCAGCUGGGGAGGAGAUACAGGAGCCUUAAGACACACAGUCAAUGUUUUAGCAACAUUCCACCAUCAUAUGUCGGAAUGGUCCACGAACACCAUCUCCUUCGUCCUCUAUUCUACUAUUUCUUUUUGUAAAGUGUGGUAAUUUGUAUGUCUUGUACUACACAGUUGCCGGAAAACAAAUUUCACAACUACGUCAGCGAUAAUAAACCUGAUUCUGAGAUCUAAGCAGUAAAUGACUUUCAAAAGAUGCAAGGUAAAUUGAAAAGUGAUUCUUAGAUUUCAUUUAAUUUAAGCAUUUCACAUAAUUUCAUACAGAGCAACUAAAACAUUUUCCAAUUAAAUGAUCACUAUUUCUUUAUGUGAUCAAGCUUUUAAAAAGGAUCCUUGUUUUCAUUUUCAAGUUUUUCCUUUGCAAAUGUAACAAGUCUACCAAACGAACAUUAUGAUUAAGGCAGUAGGACUUAUAUUGACAACUUAUGCAUGCUUACCUUUUAUAAUUCAAAAGAUAAUCCAAAAGGAACAUAGAAAUUAGGAACAGGAGGUGGUCCUUUGGUCCUCCAGACCUGCUCUGCCAUUCAAUAUGAUCAUGGCCGAAUCCAAUACUCUGUUCCUGCUUUUUCUUGCUUGUUGCCCCAAGAUCAAUAUCUUUCACUUUGUUGAAAAAGACAUAGGAGCAAAUUUAGGCCAUUUGGCCUAUUGAGUCUGUUCUACCAUUUGAUCCUCAUAUUUCCCGACAUUGCUGACAUAUUUCCCUCAUACCCAUUCACCUUCCUUUUCCCAACAACCUUCUAUACCCUUACUAAUCAGGAACCUAUCAACUUUCAAUGUAAAUAUACACAAUGGCUUGGCCUUCACAGCUGCCUGUGGUAAUGAAUUGUUCAGAUUCACCACCUGGCUAAAGAAAUUCCUCCUCAUCUGUUCUUAAGGGACGUCCUUCUAUUCUGAGGCUGUGUCCUCUGGUUCUAGAUUCUUCCACUAUUGAAAACAUAAGUUUCAAUUAGAUCCCUUGUCAUUCUUCUAAACUCCCUCGAGUACCGGCCCAGAGUUACCAAGCGCUUUCAUUCCCAGGAUCAUUCUCAACCUGGAGCCUAUGGACCCUCUCCAAUGACAGCACAUCCUUUCUUAGGUAAGGGUUCAAAACUACUCGCAAUACUCCAUAUAUGGUCUGAGCAAUGCCUUAUAAAGCUUCAGCAUUACAUCUUGAUUUUAUAUUCUAGUUCUCUUGAAAUUAAUGCUAAUAUUCUACUUGGCUUCCUUACUACCAACUCACACUGCAAGUUAACAUUUCGGGAAUCCUGUACGAGGACUUCCAAAUCCCUUUACACUUGCAAUUUCUGAAUUCCUUCCCCUCCUUUGGGAAUAUCCUUCUUGUAACAGUGUGCCUAAUUCUGUUAGAAUUUUAUAGCUUUCAAUGUGAUCCCCUCUCAUUCUAACACUACUGAACUUAAGCCAAAUCAACCCACAUUCUCUUUAUACAUCAAUCCUGCCAUCCCAGAAAUCAGUCACUGUACACCCUCCAUAGUAGGGGCAUCCUUCCUCAGAUAAGGAGAUAAGAAGUGUACAUACACAUUGUUCAAUGCGCUUUCAUCAAUGGCCUACAUUAGAAACUGCUUAAAAUUUCCCUAGUGUUACAUAGAAUUCUAUGUUUCUAAGCUCCAUGUACCUAUCUAAGAGGCUCUUAAAAGACCCUAUUGUAUCCGCUUCCACCAUCACUGCCGGCAGUGCAUUCCAUGCAUCCACCACUCUCUGUGUGAAAAACCUACCCCUGACACCCCCUCUGUACCUAUUUCCAAGCCCCUGGACUCAAAUUCUCUGCCACAAAGGCCAACAUACCAUUUGCUUUUCUAUCUGCCUGCUGCACCUGCACAUUUACACCCAUCACUAGGGUACAUGAACAAGUGGGUCUCCUUGUAACCCCCACUUUCCUAAUCUAUCUUGGAGGACAGCACAGAGACACUCCUGUAAUCACUCCUUCUCUGUGAUUACUACUCUACCUACCGGUGUUCUGUACUUUUUCUCCCUGUGCAGCCAUGACAGCCUCAGACACAGAAUCAGGUUGAGACGUGACAGCCUCAGACUCAGAAUCAGGUUGAUUAUCUCUGUCGUAUGUCAUGAAAUUCGUAGUUUUGUAGCAGCAAUACAGUGCAAGGCAUAAAUGUUAUCAGUGUAAAAAAAGCAAUAGCAAGAUAUUGUUAUGGGUUCAUCAAUGUUUGGCCCAAGGUAGAGCCUCAGUGUUGUCGACGAUCCAAAGUGGGCUCAUUUGCAGUUCCAGCUGCACAAUGUGGUCAGUCAGGAGCUGCAACUGGAUGCGCUUCCUAUAAGCAUGGUGACCUGGGAGACAAGUUGCUAAUUUCACAAGAGACUAUUCCAUUCUAAACACUUCCUGCUACAAUCCUGAGUCCCAACAUUUACUUCAGAGAAUGAAAGAUGUAUUAAAAGGUAGAAAUACCCAUUUGUUACUUCUUACCGAACAACUGUCUCCCCUUGGAAUGCACUACUCUUUGAACUGUGAUGUUCCUCACAGUCUCUUUGAAUGCAUGAGGGUCUGCAUUUCCUUCCUCUAAACCUCUCACAGCCCACUGGCACUCAACAACCUGUUAAUGGCUAACUUAUGAGUUUCAAUCCUUGACAUUUAAUUAUGUUCAAUUUUAAAAACUGCAGUUGAGAAAUAAUGUCUAAAUAUAAACUUGGUUUAAUUUUUCAAAAUCAGUAAAAAAGUAUGAAUUCUGUUAAAAGAUGAAUGCAACUGAACAGAAAGUUAAAUGAUAUUCCAUUUCAAUUUGUCAUCUUUGCCAUCAAAUCCCUGAUCUCACAGGAAUAUAUUACUUGCCAGUCUUUGCUAAGUAAAUGAUUUUAAUGUAAUUAAAACACUUUCUCUAAAGUUUCUACUCUCCUUCAAAACGUAUCACGGAUAUCAGUGUCUCUUACUGCUUCCUCGCAUUUCAGCCAUGAUUGAGUUUGACCAGUAAAUGUUGAUAGGCGACAGACAACACAAUCUCCAAGCACAUGGACUUGCCAUCCCUUUUUAGAAAUUGGAAGCAUUGUUAUUUUGCCCUCCCAAUCCUGCAAUACCACUGCAGUGAUAAAGCCCUACCACUGUCUCUGCUGCCAAACACUUACUCAGCAUUGACAAGUUGAGAGUUUAAUGCUGUGUCAGCUGGUACAGUUUAUCAAGAGAUAGGAAGCAUCCAAACAUUAACUCCAAGGCAAUAUUCAUAUCCUCAGCUAUGGAAAUUCAACCUUGGAAGACUAGCUGACACAAAGGGAUCUGUAUUCACCAGUUUGUCCAGAUGUACGUUACUGCCCUUAGGGAUUUGGAAACAGACUUUUUCAAACUGUUUGGCCUCUACACUCCAAAUUAAAACACUGAAACCUGUUAACAUCAGCAACUAAUGGAUUUAAAAUUCAAAUGUGGUUGUGAAAUUCCACACUGUGUAAUCACAUGGAAAGAAAUCAGAAUCAGAUCAGAUUUAAUAUCACUGGCAUAUGUUGUGAAAUUUGUUAACUUCACAGCAGCAGGACAAUGAAACACAUGAUAAAUAUAGAGAAAAAUACUGAAUUACAGUAAGUAUAUGUCUAUUCAAUAGUUAAGAUAAAUAGUGCAAAAACAUUUAGAAAUCUGAUGGCAGAGGGGAAGAAGCUGUUCCUGAAUCGCUGAGUGUGUGCCUAAUGGCGACAGUGAGAAGAGGGCAUGUCGGAGUAGAAAGCUAAUGUGUGUAUAUUGCUAGGCUUGGAGGAAGUUUUACUUUUAUUGAAGUUUACAGCAAAUAUUCAAGUAGGUUCUUAAGCAAAGAAAGAAAAUGCUGCAGAAUAUUUUGAUUUACCAAAUUUUUUGAUUUAAAUUUUCAAUUGCCUUGAGGUCUCCCUGUGUAAUCCUUGACUUCAGUGGUGUCAUUUGCCAUAAAGUGGCCAAUGUUGUUGAACUUGUCAUCUGCCACUCAUCUCUGAUUUGAUUUUUGGAUUGUAACCCUAAAUAAUUCAGAUGAAAAAUGGA